AUGGCGGAGUAUUGGAAAUCAGCGCCCAAAGUUUGGUGCAAACAGUGCAAGAUCUUUAUCCGCGAUACUGCCUUUGAAAAGUCCCAACACGAGGCCACAGCCAAGCAUCAAGGCAACCUAAAGCGAUUCCUCCGCGACAUCCAUCGGAACAAUGAGCAACAACAGCGUGAAACCCAAAGAGCCAAGAAUGAGGUCGAACGCCUGCGACAGACCGUGGCCGGAUCUUCGGCGGGCGGGAAAGACGGCGAUGCGGCGCCCUGGAAACGGGCUCCCGUACCAGCUCCCCAACCCCAGGAGCGACCUGUCUCCAUCGAGGAGCGAAAGCGACAGAUGGCACAACUAGCAGAGAUGGGUGUUGCCAUUCCAGAUGAAUUCCGCAGGGAGAUGGCGUUGGCCGGAGAAUGGCAGACGGUGGCGGAGAAAGUCGUUCAACCUCGGGAUGAUGCAAAGGCCAGCCAAUCGUUAGGUGUACGGAAGCGUAAACACGAAGAGCGCGAUGAGGAGGAGGAAGAAGCGAAACGGGAAGCCGAAAGAUUUGUGAGCAAGGGCUGGGGCUCUCGGACUCUCCAGUACCCAGGCGCGGCAGAAGACACUGAUCUCGACGCACUUCUACAGUCAACAAAGGAUAUCAAGAAGGCCAAGCCUUCGAAAACUGCAGAUCCAGAUCCGAAACCCGAGGAAGAGCCAGACUCUACUAAGAGUCAGUUCGUGCCGGUCAAGUCAGAGGGGGAUGUGGCAGCUCCCGAGGCUGGUGAGCCGUCGCAGAUCAAGCAGGAAGAAACCGAGGCCGGGUCCUCGACUCCUGCAGUCAAAGACGAGCCCGAGGAGGCGCCGGCUGCAGGCGUUGUUUUCAAAAAGCGCAAGGCCAAGGUGAUGAGGAAGUAA